AUGGCUGUGGAUUACCUGACGGGCGCGAUCAUCAUGGCACCCAGCAGCAGCAGCAAGCACACUGGGGCCACUGGAGCCACUCUCACAGGCCCUGCUGCUAGUACCACAAGCAACAACACCACCAGCAGCACUGGCGCCAGCAGCAUGAUGAGGGCGCCACGGCAGCCCCAGGCCGCUGCCACCGCCGGGGGAACUUCCCGUGGUGCUGGGACUGCAAGCGGUGCUGGGACUGCCAGUGGUGCUGGAACUGCAAGCGGUGCUGGGACUGCCAGUGGUGCUGGAACUGCAAGCGGUGCUGGGUGCGGCGCCGGCGGAACGGCUCGCAGUAACGUGACCAGCACGGCGAAUUCGGCGGGGAAUGCACCACUGGCGCUGCGUCAAGAGGGGUCCGCCCAACAGCUCUCGACCACCGCGUUUCCUGCAGCGAGCGCCGGCGGCGGCAGUGGCGGUUGUCACGCUGCGGAAGGGGCGAAUCCGGGAGCCAGCAGCGGCGCCCCUGCGUUCGCGACACUGUUCCCGCAGUGGGCAGCAGUGGACGCGGAGCAGCUGAGCCGCGUGGCCCACGACGUGAUGCCGGAAGAUGGGCACUGCUGGCUCAAGUACGGGGAGAAGCGACUCGUCAAGUCCUCCUGCCGCAGGUCGUACUUCCGUUGUGCGCGCUCCACGUGCCGCCGUCCGCCAGCUCUCACUCCUCUGUCGUACUUCCGCUGUGCGCGCUCCACGUGCCUCCCUCCGCCUGCCAGCGCUGACACUGAUAAUGCUGCUGAUGCCAGCACUGCCACCCCAACCGCCGCCUCUCCCCCCACCGUCUUCCACCCCUGUCCGGCUCGCAAGCGGGUCGACUGGCAACUACUGCAUCUCACUCCUGCCACCCACCCGUCGCAGCUGCCGCCCGGUUUCGACGCGGCAGCGCACCUCCGGGCGGCAGGCAAGCCGCCCGCGUCCAUAGUUUUCUUCCGAGUGUCGUACCUGAACAAGCACAACCACAGUAACCCGCCCAUUGGCCUCCAGUUAGUGUCUUCUGGAGCACCAGAUGCAGCUUGUCAUGCUGGGGGUGUGAACUGCACCCCGUCACCAGAUGCAGCUGCUGCUGCAACAGGCCUAACUGGGCAGCGCUCAUCCACACCCACAUCUCUGGGCAAGCGAUCGCGUGAAUCUGACCCCUCCUUGAUGUCAGAGCCAUGCUUGCCCUCUCAAAUGUCAGAGCCAUGCUUGCCCUCUCAAAUGUCAGAGCCAUGCUUGCCCUCUCAAAUGUCAGAGCCGUGCUUGCCCUCUCCUGCUCCCCACGCAGUGACUUUUGAGUCGACUCAAAUGUCAGACCCGUGCUUGCCCUCUCCUGCUCCCCGCGCACGAUACGCCUCCCAGGACUUUAAUUUCCCAACCUUGGACUCGAAUCAAGGAUACCAACGCCCCCACCGGCUCCGGCCCUCCUUUGAACCGCAAUUCGUUUGUGGGGGAUUCCGCGUGGCUCACGCCUCUCAAGCGUCUCCGGUCUCUGCCGCGAAUCACGCCUCUCCUGCCCCUCACGCCUCUCCUGCCCCUCACGCCUCUCCUGCUUCUCACACUCCUCCCUUCUCUCACGUGUCUGCCGCAUCGCACGUGUCCUCUGCUUCCCCUGCCGCCUCUCACCCGUCUCAUGCAUCACUCACCUGUGCUGCCGCGACUCACUCCUUCACGCCGCCCAAGCCGAUAAAAUUGAGCUUUUCUCCUCCCGCCGAUUGUGAAUCUAUAGCAGGGAAGAACGCUUGGAAUAACACCGGUGGCAAAAGGAGCAACAACUGGAGCAGCGAAAGGAACGACAGCUGGCGCGCCGUGGCGGGUGGCGGCAUAGACGGCUACGGGCGGCCGAUGAGCAGAAACGGCAGCGCCACCAACGCAUCUGUAGCGGCUGUGCCUGCCCCUGCGUCGGGUGACGGCAUUGGCGGUUACGGGCGGUCUAUUUGCAGGAGCAGCGGGAAUGAUUCAGGUGUGGCACCUGUGCCUUCCCCCGGGGGGGGCGGGGGGAUUGGCGGCAUUGGUGGUUACAGGCAGUCUAUGAGCAGGAGCAGCGCGACUGAUCGGGGUGCGGCUCUUGUGCCCACCGCUGUGACUGCGGUGGGUGACCAGUUUGAUGACUCAGCGCCACGUCAGCUGCAGGGGCUGCUGGAAGAUAUGGUGCCACGUCAGCUGCUGCAGGGCUCGCAGCGAGUCACAGGAGCAGGACAGUAUCGCGUGCCAUCUGAUGCUGCAGCAACAGGAGCAUCAGGAGCGUCGUUUCAGACCCCAGCCACAUCAGUAGCACCGGAUAAGGCAGCAGCAGCAGCAGCAGCAGGGGCAGUAGCAGCAGUGCCGUUUCAGACCACAGAAAGCAUUGCAGUGGAAGCGGAACGAUCGGCUGCAGUGGAAGCCAAGCCAGAGGCUGUUGUGAUUGAGAUGCCACCAGCACAGUUUCAGGCUUCUCAAGUGGCUAUGCAACCACAGCUCCCAUCACCUUCUCUCACCACUCCUCCUGACCCCACUCCGCUGACCACUUCUCUCACCACUCCACCAGCCGCUAUGGGCACUUCUCCAAACGGCACUGCCCCAGCCAGCGUGCAUCAUCCCGUCGCCUCUCUCCCUCCCGUCGCCUCUCUCCCUCCCGUCGCCUCUCUCCCUCCCGUCGCCUCUCUCCCUCCCGUCGCCUCUCUCCCUCCCGUCGCCUCCCUCCCUCCCAUCCCCAACCACUUCCUGAACCUCGUUCCGAACCACGAGCAACAUUCAGGCAGUGCUGCUGCGCACCUGCACCAGUUCCACAUCCCCCAGAUGCCACCUGCGCAGGCAGCUCAGGCUGCUGAAAUCCAAGCCAGCAUGAGUCACACUUGCGAUUUCAUGGGCAUGGCCUGCAAUUCUGUGUGGGCCUCUGAUGUCGCUUUCAGUCCUGCGGUUCCAACCACUGCUGCUGUUGCUGCUGGGCAGACUCCGGUGAUGCGAUGCACUCGCACUUUGAGCGUAGGGCUUGAUGACUUGAGUGGUACGGGUGGCAUGGGUGGCUCGUGCGGCAUGGCUGGCAUGGGUGGUGGGGGAGGCAUGGGCGGCACGGGCGGCAUGGGCGGCACGGGCGGCAUGGGGGAGGAUGAGUUGCUGUGGGAGGCGGCAGCAUGGCUGGCAGAGCAGGGAGGGCUGGAGGCACUCGAUUGGCUGCCAGAACUGUCAGGUUGA